UUGAUGCAAAUUCGUCUCACAGGCAGCAGUGAAUUUUCUAUUUCUCUUUCACACCUCACAUUAGAAAGUGUCUUCGCUGCUCAAUUUGCCCCUAAAAGAGGAAAGUAGUCCUCAGAGGUCCUGUGAAAAGCGUCUGGACACUGUCUGUGUGCGUGUUCGUGUGGUGCCUUAUUUUUUGGAUAAAAUGGAUAUUUUGGCGGUCGAUCAGCAUGAGAUUAUGAAGGAGUUUCAGGUCAACCUCGAGCGUGAAUUGUGGCCGGAAAUUGAUAAAAACAAUGAUGGGUACAUUGAGCUGAAAGAGUUGCGGGAGGCGCUGGAUCAGGUGGGAUUCAAAUUGCCCGGCUAUCAGAUACGCGAGAUGGUGAAUGAGUUCAGCCAGCGCCAGGAGGCACAGAACAAGGGACGAUUGACGUAUGAUGAAUUUGAGUCGCUGUGCAUGGAUCUCAAGGCGAAGGAUGUGGGCAGCAAAUUCAAGACGGUGGUGUCCAAGAAGGAGAAUCUGGAAACAUUGGGCGGCAUGUCGAGCAUCUCGGCCGAGGGAACAACACACAGUGUCCGUCUGGAGGAGCAAUUGGCCUUCUCCGACUGGAUCAACUCAAAUCUGGGUCACGAUCCCGACCUCAGGCAUCUCCUGCCCAUCGACCAGGAGGGCAAGACGCUGUACUUGAAGAUCAAGGAUGGUAUUCUCCUGUGUAAGAUCAUUAAUCACUCCUGUCCGGACACCAUAGAUGAGAGAGCGAUCAACAAGAAGAACCUCACGGUGUACACGGAGUUUGAGAACUUGACUCUGGGCUUGGUGUCAGCUCAGGCGAUUGGAUGCAACAUUGUCAAUAUCGAUGCUCACGAUUUGGCCAAGGGAAAGCCCCAUCUUGUGCUCGGACUCCUCUGGCAGAUCAUCCGAAUUGGCUUGUUCAGUCAAAUCACCCUGGAUCACUGUCCGGGUCUCGUGGCGCUAGUCAAUGAUGGUGAGAACCUCGAAGACCUCAUGAAGCUCUCUCCAGAGGCCAUCCUUCUGCGCUGGGUGAAUUACCAUCUCGAGCGUGCGGGCGUGCAGAGGCGCUGCACCAACUUCCAGAAUGACAUUGCUGACUCCGAGGUGUACACGUACUUGCUGAAGCAGAUCGCGCCGAACACCGCCGGCGUGACCCUGGAAGCCCUCAGGGAGCACGAUCCGCUGCAGAGGGCCGAAGUGAUGCUGCAGCAGGCGGGAAAACUCAACUGUCGCAGCUUCGUGACACCACAGGACGUGGUGGGCGGCGUGUACAAACUCAACUUGGCCUUUGUGGCGAAUCUGUUCAACAACCACCCGGGACUCGAUGAACCGGAACAGAUUGAGGGAUUGGAAUCGAUUGAGGAAACGCGAGAGGAGAAGACGUACCGGAACUGGAUGAAUUCAAUGGGAGUGGCGCCACACGUGAAUUGGCUGUAUUCAGAUCUGGCCGAUGGUCUAGUCAUCUUCCAAUUGUGCGACAUCAUCAAGCCGGGAAUUGUGAAUUGGAAUCGGGUGCACAAGAAGUUCACGCCACUGAGGAAGUUCAUGGAGAAGCUGGAGAAUUGCAAUUAUGCCGUUGAGCUGGGCAAACAGCUGAAGUUCUCACUGGUCGGCGUGGCUGGACAGGAUAUCAGUGAUGGCAAUGCAACACUGACUCUUGCUCUCAUUUGGCAAUUGAUGCGAGCCUACACACUGUCGAUUCUGUCGCGACUGGCCAACACGGGAAAUCCAAUCAUCGAGAAGGAGAUCGUCCAGUGGGUGAACCAGAAGCUCCAGAGCGCCGGCAAGAGCUCAAGUCUCAAGAGUUUCCAGGACACAAAAAUAUCAGAUGGAAUAGUUGUAAUUGACCUGAUUGACUCCAUCAAGAAGGGCAGCAUCAAUUACGAUUUGGUGCGACAAGGAGGCACUGAAGAGGACAAUUUGGCCAAUGCCAAGUAUGCAGUGUCGAUGGCGAGGAAGAUUGGUGCUCGUGUGUACGCCCUUCCGGAGGAUAUCACGGAGGUGAAGCCCAAGAUGGUCAUGACAGUGUUCGCGUGCCUGAUGGCGAUGGACUACAUUCCAAAUAUGGACAGUGUCGACACAAAUUCCCACUAGAAUACUUCUCUUGUCGUCAUAUUUUUUCGCUUAAGGAAAAAGAUAUAAAUUCAUAAUUGUGUAUUUUAGGUGCUUCUCAUGGAGAAAUUAUGAUUGUUUUACCUUCGUUUGUACCUUCGAUCCACAUUCUAUUUUCCCUAUAUAAAAAUUUGUAAUAUUUUUUAUUCCUCUUCUGAUGCAAGAAUCAGUGAAAUCUUUCAACUUUUUUGUAGAAUAAUUCAAGUGGUAUAAUCAUUUUUCCUUAGAUUUAAAUCGCCUAAUUUCAAUAUGUUCUGAAUUAAGUGAUUCCACUGUAAUUGUUUAGUAUCUUUGUUCAAGUGAUGCAGUAUUUGCAACAGCGCUAAGAUUGUGUGAAGGUUGAUUGAUAUAUUUUACAUAAUUGUAGAUUAUUAUGCAUAUAUUAAGCAAGGAAUAAUAAGCAUGACAAAAGCUUCUCCAAAAACACACACAGAGAAAUUCCAUUGAUUUUUUGCUGAUUUAUAGGACAAAGAGCAGGGCAAAGUGUAGCGAAGCAGUGUGCGAUUUUAUAAAGAGAUUGAGCAAAGAGUAGCAGAGAAGUUGAGGUAAAAGUGCCAUCCGCAGUGAAGGAGAAAAUGGGAGAUAUAUGUGCAAUUAGAAUGGCACUGGAAAUUUUUAAUAGAAAGUAUUUUGACUAUUUAAAGAGCAGAAGAUGAAAAGGAAACGUACUAAGCACUAAGCGUAAUAUUUAAUAAAAUUAUAUCCACGUAAAAAAUCAGUAAUUAACCAUUUUUUACCAAAAUAAUCAAUACAAUAAUUUAUAAGUAAAUAAUUAUAACAGUAUAAUGUGUAACAAAAUGGUAUGGUUUGCUACUAUUUUUAAUAUAGUAAGAUUAGUA